UUGAAAAAUCAGCCUGUUCAAUUCGUAAGGUGGUGCUCAAAUAGUGCAGUAUUGUGUCAUAGCUCGUAUUUCCAGUAGAUCAUGUCAUCAAGUAUCCCAGACAAAAUUUGGCAACCCAAAUUUGCUAUCUUGGAAACAUCGAUGGGAGAAAUAGUCAUUGAAUUGUACUGGAAGCAUGCACCAAACACAUGUCGCAACUUUGCUGAGCUCGCGCGAAGAGGGUACUACAAUGGAACCAAAUUUCACAGGAUAAUCAGAGAUUUCAUGAUUCAAGGAGGUGACCCCACUGGCACAGGCAAAGGUGGGCAAUCUAUUUAUGGAAAACAUUUUGAUGAUGAAAUCCAUGAAGAUCUCAGACAUACAGGUGCUGGUAUACUAUCAAUGGCAAACUCUGGGCCUAACACAAAUGGAUCUCAGUUCUUCAUCACAUUGGCACCAACUCAGUGGCUUGACAAAAAACAUACAAUUUUCGGACGUGUCCACUCAGGAAUGAAUGUUGUCAAAAGAAUAGGGCUUGUUGAAACGGAUAAAAAUGAACGGCCAGUAGAUGAUAUCAAAAUCACUCGUUCACUGAUCAGGUCGCAUUGAGGUCGCCGACUGUGGUUUAUGUGAUUUAAUUUUCAAUAUGUGAUGAUCAACGACUCACUGUAGGCUCAGUCUAUUGUGGAUUUUAUUCACUAAUGAGAGGUUACAAUUUCAAAAAGUCAUUUCAUAUAUUUCCUUACAGUGUGCAAAACAGUUCAAUGCAUCUAACUGCAUGUCAGUCCAAUUGUAAAUAAUUUAAUUUUUUUACCAAUAAAUCGAUAGAUUUUUA